CACUCGUUAUAUCAUCGCACCCCGACCAUUUCACGGCAUAAGCAAACAGUUGCAGAAGGGAGGGAGAGAGGAAUAGUAACCAUGGAACCCCAAAACAUGUUGUCGAACCUAGUUCUUAUCCUGGAUUUUGGUUCUCAGUACACCCAUCUCAUUACUCGUAGAAUCAGAAAACUCUCCGUCUUCUCCCUUUGCAUCUCCGGUACAUCUCCUCUCAAAUCCAUCACUGAACUCAAUCCUCGUGUUAUAAUCCUUUCCGGUGGCCCUCACUCUGUUCAUACCAAUGGUGCGCCCUGCUUUCCGCCUGGUUUCGUCGAUUACGUUGAGGCGAAUAAUAUAUUCGUGUUGGGUAUUUGCUAUGGUCUGCAACUAAUUGUGCAGAAGCUUGAUGGAGAAGUUAGGGUUGGAGAGAAGCAGGAGUACGGGAGAAUGGAGAUUAUAGUAGAGAGGGCUUGUGGAUUGUUUGGUUCUAAAGCCGUCGGCGACAAACAGAGUGUUUGGAUGAGCCAUGGCGACGAGGUUGCCAAGCUCCCUGAUGAUUUUACGGUUGUAGCCAGGAGUCAGCAAGGCUCCGUUGCGGCGAUCGAGAAUCCGUUGAGAAGGUUUUAUGGGCUUCAGUUUCACCCGGAGGUGGCACAUUCCCCGGAAGGGAUGGAAACACUACGCCACUUCCUUUUCAAUGUAUGUGGAAUAACUGCUGAUUGGAACAUGCAAGAUGUAAUGGAAGAAGAAAUUAAAGUGAUCAAAGGUUUAGUGGGUUCUGAAGAUCAUGUUAUCUGUGCAUUAUCUGGGGGUGUAGAUUCCACUGUUGCGGCUACUCUGGUUCAUAAGGCAAUAGGAGAUAGGCUUCACUGCGUUUUUGUUGACAAUGGCUUAUUGAGGUACAAGGAAAGAGAGCGUGUGAUGGAAACCUUCGAAAGGGAUCUUCAUCUACCUGUUACUUGUGUUGAUGCAGCAGAGCAAUUUCUUAGCAAACUCAAAGGUGUCGUAGACCCUGAGGCUAAAAGGAAAAUAAUUGGAAAAGAAUUCAUCUGCAUCUUUGAUGAUUUUGCCCAAGAUUUGGAGCAUAAGUUAGGAAAGAAGCCUAUUUUCUUGGUUCAAGGGACCUUGUAUCCAGAUGUUAUUGAAUCAUGCCCACCUCCUGGAAGUGGAAGAAACCAUUCUCACACAAUCAAGAGCCACCAUAAUGUUGGGGGGCUUCCCAAGGACAUGAAACUGAAACUCAUUGAACCCCUUAAGCUUCUAUUUAAGGAUGAGGUUCGGGAAAUGGGGAGCAUCUUGAAUGUCCCUGCAGCAUUUCUAAAGCGGCAUCCUUUCCCGGGGCCUGGCCUUGCAGUACGAGUCUUGGGUGAUGUUACUGAAGGAAAUGCCUUAGAGAUCCUUCGCCAGGUUGAUGAAAUCUUCAUUCAGUCAAUUAAAGAAGCUGGGCUCUAUGAUUCAAUAUGGCAAGCUUUUGCAGUAUUUCUGCCAAUAAGAUCAGUUGGGGUUCAAGGUGAUCAGAGGACACAUUCUCAUGUUGUUGCUCUUAGAGCUGUUACAAGCCAGGAUGGAAUGACAGCAGAUUGGUACUAUUUUGAGCACAAGUUCCUUGAUGAUGUGGCCCGAAAGAUUUGCAAUAGUGUUAGGGGUGUAAACAGAGUUGUACAAGACAUUACAUCAAAACCUCCAUCAACGAUUGAGUGGGAAUGACAUAUACCGUGCAAGGGGCUUUGUUGAUUUAUGUGAAUUAGGAGGAGAGUCUAAACCACCGUUGAUUGGCAUGUUCAAACGAUGCCUUCUGCUUUUGUUGAUGAAUCAAAAUUCUGCUAAGGUUUCAAGAAAGGGAUUGGGUCCUGUGGAAUUGACAAUAGGCACAACUUAAUUUAUGUGGGGUUUGUGCUCUUAGCUUUUACUGCAAGCUUUAAGCAGGUAUGAUUCUUUGCAUGGAUGAUAAUGUAAACUUACUCUAAUGAAUAGUUGACAUAUUUUGAUAAAUUAAUCUUCUGCAUUUACCUGAUUUAGUUGGGAUAAUGCUGAGUUGAGUUGAGACUAAUCUUCUGCAUCUCUAGCCUUGGCCUUCUGUUGCACUUGGUAAAUAAAAAAUCCAAAGGUUCUUACUAUGAUGCUUCACGUUGUUUGAAAAUAUGUACUUUCAAUCACCAGGGUGAGUGUCAAUGUAUAAAAGCCAGUCAAAAUUUA